UUAUUAUCUGCAAGCACGUGCGUGUGGUUGUACAUCAGCUAAUCAAUGGAAUCUUUUAAGAUAUCUAUCGCUGAUAAUGCGUGAUUGAUUGUUUAUCUAAUUUUGUUCUUUUGUAGUUUUUGAACCGGGUGGGAAAUCAGUUAUUGUGAAAACACUCGUUAGAGAGUCGUCGUUGAAUAAUGCAUGCACAAAUUGCGCGGGAGAAAUUGUACUAUAAAUGGAGCAAGCGAUCGCAGGAAAAGCAUUCCCUUGUUCACAACAUGGUGUAUCGGUUUUCCUUCACAAAGGCUAUUCAAGAUGUUCUCGCACAAACCAGUUUGCAUGGUGUGUUUCAUCUUGUCCACGAACGGAGCACGUACAUUGAGAAAGUGAUCUGGUUCGGUAUCAUUUCGAUGGCACUCUUUGCCGGAUGUUACAAUGUGGGAAGCUUUUGGGUACGGUACUGGACCAACCCGACCGUCAUAGCGCUGGAUCGUGACUACCACCUGUGGAACACAACGUUUCCCAGCCUGACCGUGUGCUUCCAGAAGCGGCUGAACGAGGACGCACGUGAUGAAAUGCUGGCCCGAACUGAUCCCGAACUGGCCCCGCGAUAUGGAGAGUUUCUCGAAACUCUGCUCGAGAGUGAUAUAGAAAAUGUUGGCCGUUUGGCAGAUUUCGAUGAGUUUGAAGGCGUUGAUUUGAGGGAGCUGCUGAACGAGCUUACCGAUCGACCGAACGCCAUCAUCACGAUGGAGGGUGAUCUGCAAGGAACGUUGAUCCGAUCGUUAACGGAGAUGGGUAUAUGCUACACGUUUAAUACGGCCAUCGGACGGUACCUGAGCAUUGAUACGUUUACCGGCGAUGAGAAGCUGUACGAAGUGAGUGUUUUCAACGGGGAAGCAUCGGCAACGAUUUCCAACUGUACGUCUAACGCUAAUAUCUAUUUUCACAGUCCGUACGAAAUGCCAACGAUUAGGAAAUCGCUCCUAGUCGAGCGAGGAUUUUUCACCUUCACCAAAAUGGAUUUCAACGCGCUUGCCAUCACUUCCGUUCCUGCGCUGAGAAGCUUGAGCAUUAAGCAAAGAAAGUGUCGAUUUCCACACGAGUCCAAUCUGAAGUUCUUUCCGGAUUACUACUCCUACGGGCUAUGUCUGCUCGAGUGUAAAUUCUACCUGUUUCUCAAACACUGCGAUUGCAUUCCGUACUUUUAUCAAAUAGCAGAUCCUUCAAAGUAUUGUAAGCUAUCGCAGCUAGCAUGUGUGGAGCUGUACCAGAGCUACAUUUCCUUCCUAACGGCCGACGAGCUGCGGGAAAUCUUUGGAGCCUGUAAUUGCAUGAAGAAUUGUGACGAUGUCACGUUCACGUUGCAGCAGUACGGUUCAACGUUUUGGUUUAAUGAUCCAGUGAUUAAGUGGAACAUUCGCAUCCCGAAGAUACGAUACAGCCGGAGGAUCAUCUACGACUUUAUCGAUGCGAUGGUGUCCACGGGAAGCAUAUUGGAGUUUUUCUUUGGCUUUAGCAUCAUCACACUGAUCGAGCUUGCGUAUUUUUCGAUGAGAAAUUUAGUGUUGGCCUGCCUUCGCAUCAAAAUGGUUCGAACAAUGUGCAAACGGAAGCAGAAAAAGGUGAAGAAUGCUGGGCAUCAAACUAUAGUGAAAAAAGCACCAUCAGGAAAGCUGAUACAGACUAAGUAGAAGCGGAGGGGAUGUAAUUUAUUAUUCAAUUGUAGUUCGUUCUUUUACCAAGAGAAAUUGAAUGAAUGCGAUGUCCUCCACGUGAUCGUACAAGCAGACAGUAGAGGGCUGACAGCACAUCAAGCGCAACUGACAGCCUUGUACCACUGACAGCACCAGACGUCAACACAACCGCUUUUUUCAGAAAUUGCAAACGGUCGAUUAUUUUGUUUGGUUAUUUCGCUGUGUCUGUGGUGUUGCUUCAG